ACUCGUGCUGCAGUAGCUACCAUCGCCAAUGAAUAAUUUGGUUUAAGUGCAUUUGGCAUUCAAUAUAUCCCGUGUUUUGUGUUGUUUUUCCCACGUUUCAAUCAAUAUGGCAGCUUACACCGAGGAUCAGUUGGCUGAAUUCCAGGAGGCGUUCAAUCUGUUUGACAAUCGCGGCGAUGGCAAGAUACAGCUGAGCCAGGUGGGCGAGUGCCUGCGGGCACUGGGCCAGAAUCCCACCGAGUCGGAUGUGAAGAAGUGCACGCACCAGCUGAAGCCCGAUGAGCGUAUCUCGUUUGAGGUCUUUCUGCCCAUCUAUCAGGCCAUAUCGAAGGCGCGCUCCGGCGAUACGGCCGAUGAUUUCAUUGAGGGAUUGCGUCAUUUCGAUAAGGAUGCCAGCGGCUAUAUAUCAUCCGCUGAGCUGCGUCACUUGUUGACCACGCUGGGCGAGAAGCUAACCGAUGAGGAGGUGGAACAGCUGCUGGCCAACAUGGAGGAUCAGCAGGGCAACAUCAACUACGAGGAGUUCGUGCGCAUGGUCAUGAGCGGCUAAGCCCCAAAGCAGAUCUAUCAAAACAGAGCAGCAGCAGCAGCAACAACAUCAACAACAACAACAGUUACAAUAACAAUAACACACACCUGCCAUGUUAGCUAGCCUAGCCGAGUUCAUUCCGCCAAAACUCAACUCCCAAGAUUCCAAGAUUCCACUUUUAAUUCACGCUUAGCCAUCAAUUUGUAUCUUUUGUAUAUUCUUGCAUUUCGGGGCAAAUAGAAUUGAUUCCAACUAAAUACAACUAGACGCACCUUAAGCGCGACCAACCCCAUGACUAAGACACACACAAACACACACACACACAGACACACACACAACAUUAAACGGUCGUUUAAUGCAGGGUAAUGCACAUCCUCGGAGAGGUCGCAUCGUUAACAUUGCGUAUUAUUCUAAAUGUAUCGAGUUUAUAAUCCAACAGAUUUUUAUAUACUAUAUACCCAUAAUGGAACUCAA